AUGGAAUUACAACAACUAUUAGACGAUGUUCCCAAGAAAGAUACAAUCCUGAUAAUCGGUGAUUGGAAUGCAAAAGUUGGCGAAAUAGAAGUUCUUGGAAUAGCUGGAAAAUUCGGGUUGGGCAAACGCAACGAAGCAGGCGACAGGCUGAUUGAAUUCUGUCAAGAAAAUCAUAUGGUUAUUACAAACACAUGUUUUCAACAACCGAAACGACGACUAUAUACAUGGACAACACCAAAUGGACAACAUCGAAAUCAAAUUGAUUAUAUUCUCUGCAAUAGACGGUGGAAAAGCUCAAUAACAUGA